AUGGCUCCGAAAGCUCUUUCUACCCCAAAAUUUCAAGGUCCUCGAGAAAAUCGACGGUCAAUUUCCUCCCAUUCCACUUCUCCUCUCUCCUCUAAUGCAUUCCCAGAUCAGAGAUCCUUCAGAGAGAUUCUUACGCGGGAGCACAAGGAGAAUAAGAGGAUAACGACCAAUAGAUUAUUGUAUUGGAGCAAGCAACAAGGGUUUCGACAACUUGGGAAUGUCAAUCUCAUGGACGAAAUCGCUGUCAUGUCCUUGGUUUGGUGA